CGUGGUUCUAUCACGUGAUUUAGAAUUAGCUGAUUUCGCGGAACUGGCAUGGCGUCUGACGUGGCUUGUAUAGAAGAGCAAACGAUGAUCUGGUAAAACGACUUGCACAUGAUAGGAUUAUUCAACGCACAAUUAAAGAAAUGGCCAGUUUGCAUCUCCAUGUAACCAAGCCUCCACCGCUGGCUCCAAGAACAGUGCCACCUCCACCAGUAACAGCUGCAGGAGGAGGACCAGCAAGCAUAUUGAGUCUAUCAGAGAACGAGAAGCGAUGGAUGGUAGUCGGGAUUUGCUUGAAUAAAGUUUUACUUCCAGCUUUACACAAAUACAUCGCCCCUAAAAUACAGAUUCAUUAUGCUCUCCACAAGACAUUGUACAACAUUCAUUCCCAAGCACAUCUUGGCUUCCUCAAGAAAGACAAUAAAGUUGGAUUCCAGUUCAACUACGAAAGUAUUAACAACAACAAAUCAAGAUUGUCAAAGAAGGCAUACGAUUAUAAAGUCGUAUCAGCGAUUGAUUUUGCUAAACUUUAUCUGCGACCAGAAAUGGCAAAGUUCACAGGGUUUGACUCUACAUGUGAUGCCUCUGCUUCUCUUGGAAUCCUUGCAACGAGCAGUGCCUUUUCUACAGCAGUUCAAAACAGCGCCAGAGAUAUGCGAAGCACUGUCCGCAACGAAUGGGGGCACUGCAAUUUUGACGACUGGGAGCAAAUACAGUUUAACGUCUGCAUACAGAAGAUAGACACGCUUAUUCGAAACUUAGGCUUAAGUCUGGCAGAUGAAACAAAGCUACUGGAUGAGCUUAAAGACUGGGAAAUUAGAGGAGUGCAGCUGUGUAUGGGUAGCGUAGUCGAUGCCGAUCUGCUAAAUCUAGUCAGCGGGGAGGUUGCUAACUUACUAGCUGAAGUUCAGACAGCGAAGGAGAGUAAUGAGGAAGAGUCUGAAAAGGUAUCAAACGAGCUUGGCAGGAUGAGCGGGUUACUUGUCGAAUGCAGAGAACAAGCUUCUCAAAACAAGACGAAGCUUGGGGAACUCUCUUCUUUGGUUGGUGACCUGAACUUAAAUGUGGAAUCGUUGCAUUCAGGACAAGAAAGUCUGAACUGUGAGAUGGAUGGUGUGAAAGAGAGCCAAGAUAAGUUGACACAAAGGGUCGAGGUCGUUGAAGGCGAACAGGAGAUAAUUAAAGAGCGAGUUGGGACACUUGAGACGAAGAUCGCGGCAGGAGGUGGACUCUAUCGUGAUCCAAUCACGUUCCAGGCACCCAACCGUAACCCCUAUUUCUGUGGCCGCGAGGAAGAGAUGAGCAUGCUUGACGGUCCAUUAGACGAAUCCAAACAAACAUGUACACUUACCCUUAUCAGUGGACUCGGAGGAACAGGAAAGACUUCAAUUGCCCUGGAGCAUGUUUGGAGACAGAAGGAGCAAUACAGCGCGGGAGUGUACUGGCUAACAGGUGAGAGCGAGCGAGACUUCAAUAUCACCUUGACUGAGAUGGGUCGCCAGAUUGGCCGUUCAGGCGAAGACCUAGCACAAACCUUGUCCAAUGUUCUCAACUGGUUGCAGGAGCGCAAGGAAUACUGGUGCGUUGUUGUUGACAAUCUGGACGCGUCUGAAUUGUCUGAGGAAAUGAUGAAGUUUCUUAAUGGUUCAUGGAAAAGAAGCGCUUCCGGUCAUGUAAUCAUCACAACAAGAAGAGAGAAGGCACUCAAUUCAGCAGAUAUCCAAGAUGUAGUAGAAGACAGAUGCAUUGAGCUUAGCACAAUGGAUGAGCCUGAUAGUGUGAUGUUUCUGAAAAAAAGAGCCAACCGUGAAGACAGUGACCACGAAGACUCUGUAAUCACCGAAUUAGUACAAGAGUUAGGAUGUCUUCCAUUGGCCUUAGAUCAAGCUGGCGCAUACAUUUAUCAACGCAAGUGCUCGUUUUCCGAAUAUUUACAGCAGUUUAAGAAGAAAAGAUUGCUUCUUAUGAAGAGAAUCAGCGCUUAUUACAUCAGCUCAAAAGAGAGAACCUCUGUUUACACAACAUGGCAACUCAACUUUGAUUAUGUCAAAGAACAGUCAGAGGAACUAGAUAUCGGUCAUGCAGCAUCGGUCAUUAUGAAUGUGUCCGCUUUUCUCUCCCCGGAUGACAUACCCGUUGAAAUAAUCAAUGAGGGUCUGCCGAAGAUUGACGACGAAGACUUGAAGGAAGCUACGGCUAGUGCUAUAAGCGUGUCAGAGCUACUUGAACUCUUGACAAACUUCUCGCUGUUCCAAAGAUUCUCAGACCAAUCCUACAGUGUUCACCGUGUCGUGCAAGAGGUUAUCCGGAGUAGAGUCAAGGAUGAUGAGAAGAAAGUCGCUCUCACGAGUGCUGUGCGAAUGGUGAAUUUUGCUUUUUCAAAAGCGAGAAAACCAAAGGAGGUUUGCGAGAGCUUUAUGGGCGAUGCUGUGUUUGCCGAGGAUAAACCCCCGUCGCUCCAACUUUGGGCAAAGCUUGCCCGUCAUGCAUGCUCACUCCAGGACCAUAUUAUUUUCUUCGUUGAAAAAGAAAGAGGGUCUAGCAAAGACGUCAUGUACACUGAAGAAACCGCUAGACUGUUCUAUGAGGCUUCUGUUUUUCUCAAUGUUUGCCGCGAGAAGGUCAAAGCUCAAGACCUGCAGCGUCUUAAGCUUGAAGUACUGGCCAGUCUGCCAAACCUACCGUCAGACGAAACGAUGGCCUAUCUGAACCACUUCAAGGUUCCACUGCAAAACAAGCAAUACAAAUUGAUAUCACAUUGCAUCGUGCCCAAGUGUGAGCAAGAAGGUGAUACCAGUGUUGCUCGUGAUUUGCAGGAAAAGGCCAAUGAUUUCCGAGAAAAAGGCAACGAUGCAGUAAAGAGAGGAGAAUUCCAAGAAGCUCUUGAUUGGUUCACAGAGGGUAUUGAGCACACCAAGACGGACCAUCGACUGUUUUCCAACCGUGCUUUGUGUCAUUUGAAGAUAAACAAACCGAAAGAGGCACUGGCAGAUUGCGAGAGCUGUCUAAAGCUGGAAGAGCAUUUUGGAAAGGCCUUACAGCGAAAGGCGUGGGCAUUGCACGAACUUUCACGACUUCAUCCUGACGAUAAACAUAUCCAAGGCAGAUCUUUGUGCGCUGCUUCACUUGCACAAUACUUCGAUCGUACCUUAAUGAAAUACUUAUUUUUCAAGACUAUGUUUCCUGAACUGCUGGUUGUUGAAGUAAAGAAUGCUUUACAACUAGUUACGCUUUUGUUGAUGGGACUACCAAGAGCAACAUUGCUGUUGCACGAAGGCCACUACGAGCUACAAGAUGUAUGUAUUGAUACAGAUACCCAGAUUGUAGGGAUAGGAAACGUUUCUAUCUCAUUUCAAAAUUCCUGUAAAGUAGUUGGUGCAAAUUGUUGUCUUGAGAACAUUACUCUGACCGAAGGUAGUGGGGCUAUCAUAUGCAUGCUAGGAUCACUGACAAUGGAAAAAUGCAAUAUUUCUGGUGGAGAACAAGGUUGUAAAGAGUUCCCAGAUUGCAACGGAGGGUCGGGAUGCAUAGCGGACAAAUAUUUUGGAAAGACACCUUGUGACAGAGCAGGCAAAUUUGGUGAUCAAUCGUCAAGGUCAUCUGGAAUGGUUGGCUAUCCAGGCAUCCAAAUAUUAAAUAAAAGCAGGGGAUUCCUGAAAGAUUGUGACAUUCAUGACUGCGGAGGCGGCGGGGCACUUUGUCAUGGUUCUGGCUCUGCAAUGUCUGUGAUAUCCUGUCGAGUUUACAAGAACAAGCAGUCGGGUCUAGAAGCUAGAGAAGAAGCGAGUCUUAGUGUCACGGAAUGUGACAUUUUCGCCAACAACUAUCACGGUGUACUUCUUGGACCGUACGCUAAUGCAAGUGAGAUUGUCAACAACAGAAUAUUUGAGAACCAUGCGGAAGGGAUUCUCGUUUGUUUAAGCAAUGAACUCUCCAAAAUAUCAAGUAACCGAAUCUAUCACAAUCGUCCUUUCGGUAUAUCACUGGAUUGUGCGAACGUCUGUGUAUUUCACAAUGAGAUAUUUGAAAACGGAUUCUGGGGUAUUAAUGCAAAAACCAAGACGUCGGCAUCUAUUCAGAACAACGAAUUAUACUCUAACAAAUGCGGAGGUAUUUUUAUCGGUCUAAACUUUUCUGGUCGCAUUUCCAUUGAAUCAAAUACAGUGAGAAACCACAUUGGCCCUUGGUUAUACUUUGGUGCAAACAUAGAUCUCUCAAAGACAAAAGCAGAUGAUUUGGACGAUGGAAAAAAUUUCUACCUUCCCCCUGGUGAGACAAGAUUUUACACCACACCCCCGAUAGUCGGCAGUAACACGUUAAAGAACAAUGGCGAGGAAACCAUGUUCCACCCAAAGGAACAAGCAAUGCCUGUAACACAACACUGUGCCUUUUGUCACCGAACAGGCAAACUGAAGACCUGCUCAAACUGUCGUGUCGCAUCCUACUGUGACCAAACAUGCCAGAAAAUGCACCUGGCGAAGCACAAAUUGCUAUGUAAGAGCGUGACUGGUCUUUAUUCGGUCACGGCUACUAUCUCGACUUUCUUUCAUGGCGAAUCAAAAUAUCUAAUCAGGACAUUCGGAUCUCAUCUCAAAGGACUCGGCGAAGGACCUAAACUCGAUCCGCGAAGCAGCCGACGUUUCAUCGUAAAGGUGCAGACACAAAAUUUGAACAGCCAUCCUCGCCAGCUGCUGACUGUGUACGACAAGUCCCUCUCAAUUGACUGCCAAAUUGAAUGCCCCGAGAUAUUCCAUGUUAUUAUGGAAUGUGGGGUUUUGGGACAAUUAUACUUGUUCACCGGCAAAAAGGUGUUCCUUUGGGCUAAAUUUGCCGCAAAAGGAAAAAAGCUGACAUUCUAUUUGGACCAUUUGGCACCAUACCAGGAAUGGUAAAACUAGACUAUCCGCCUUUUUAAAAAUAGGCCCGUAAAACAUGAAUGCAGCUAAUGCAACAAUUGUUUGAAACAGUUUCAAUUAUACUCUAAACGGUACAGUUAAUCUUAACAAAAUUUGACAAUUAUCACUGUAAAUUCGAGAAAUAAUAGUAAGCGCGAUAUUGUUUCACUGAAAUAACAUUAGUGAUUCCUUAAACAAAGCUUAUCCUGACAAUUAUGGAAUGUUAUCAAAUUCAUUAUAUCUAGAUAGUUAAUUUUAGGACGUCCUGAACAGUGUUCCAAUCGGGAUUCUUCAAAAACACCAAAGACGCUUGAAUACUGCCUGAGAACACGUAAAAUUUUUCUUUUCAGUUAAAUUAUUUUUUUUUCACUUUUUUAUUUCGUACAAUGUUUACCGUAAGAUCAAUAGGUACAAAUAAAGAGCUUAGGCAACCCGUGAUUACAUACCA